AUGCCCAUUCCUUCACAUUUCCGAUUUCCCACUCUUCCCGAAGAGCUGAAAGAUGUGGUUGUCGAUUUUUGCAAUCCUUGUAUGUCAGGUUUCAUGACCCAUGCCAAUCACGAGCUCCAGAAUCUCAUCUUGAAAAAUGGAGGAUUCUGCAAGAACAUUACCGAAAUCGAGCUCAUUUUUGAAAAUUCAAUCGUGCAAAAUGAGUGGUGCCCAAAAAUGAGAACUUAUUUGCCGUAUUUACGUGUGAGAGCCCACUUUGAGUGCCCGAAUUGUGAUGGCACUUUCACUGCAUCAAUCACCGAGAACUUGUUCACUCCGGAACCAUUCCACCGAAACAAUUGGAUUUCAGUACCAACAAAGAAACCAUUUCUCGUCUUCUUCAAAGCAACUUCGUUUUUGCAAAACCGUGCGAAUCACGCUAAAAGAAAUGCCGCCAUGUACACUCAAAACAAGAUGUCUCACGACAAGCAAGUGAGCAAAGAAUCUGGUGAUGAUGGAGAGGUUUUCGAGGUGGAGGCGUUGCUUGCUACCAGGGUCCAGAGGAAAAAGCGAGUCUACUUGGUUCGUUGGAAAGGAAGAGUCGCAUGGGCCGACGCUUUUCGAAGGAUGACAGCAAAGAUGAUGAGGAUGAAGAUUAUUCUGACAGCAAGAAGUCAUCUAGCCCCACUUGGAGCAAUUGGUCAAUCUUGGCUAAUGGAAAACAGCGACGAUGAUGAUGAGAAGAAAGAAUCGAAGAAUGAGCCCGAAAAUGGCGCUGGCAAGUACUCAAUUCGUAGGAGCACUCGAAGGAAGAGCAUUUCAGUUGAGAAGGAAGAGAAAAGACGAGAAGCCGAGCGUAAAGCAGAAAAAGAACGCAAGAAACUCGAGAAACAGAAACGCGAAGAAGAAAAGCGCAAAAAUGCUGAGUGUGAGGAGUCUUUCGCUUCUAUAUCCGGCCCAAAACGCUCUAUCAAAGUGGCCAAAGUUGAUAACAAAGCCGACGAAGGUGAACUCCUUCCUCUGGUUCUGAAAAUUCGACGCGCCGUGUACAGAGAAGGCAAAUAUUUUGUCAAUGUGGUAGUGGACAGCGAAGAAAAAGAAAUUCCACUUGACGAAGUCUGGAAGUUGAAUCCCCAUGGACUGAUGCAACAUCUCAUUUCC